AGUUUAUUAAAAAAUGUAAUUUUUUUUUUGUUACCGAGAAAUAAUUAUUUUACCAUAAGUGAGAAAUUAUGUCCUCAUUAAUUUAAAUUAACAAUCAUUAUAUUUUCCCCCAAAACUACUGAAACCAUUCCACUCAAUCAAUAAUGUUAUAUGAAUCACUUCUAUUAUUAAUUUCUUUUAAGUAUUAUGCUUACAUAACAUUUUAUUAAAAUAAGGCUCUAUUGAAGAUUCAAUAAUGGAAAUUUCUGAAUUACAUCAAGAGAUUAACCGUUUGACUAGAGAGUUGGAUCAGGCACAAACUGAAAAAAUUCAGUCAGCCACUUAUGGAUUGAGUCUCCUUGAAGAAAAACAAACAUUAACAAAACAAUAUGAAGAACUGGAGAAUCUAUAUGAAAGUGUCAAACAAGAGUUAGAUAUAACACAAGAAGCCUUAAAUAAGUUUCAAACUUCCCAUAAAGUAACAACAAAAUCUGGAAUUGAACAAGAAGAAUCACUUUUAUAUGAAACAGCAGCUUUAGAGUCAUCGUUAAAUACUACAAUAAUUGAACUAGAAAAUGAUACGAAACUGUUGAGACAAGAGUUAGAUAGAGUACGAGUUGAAAGAGAUAGAGCUAUACAAGACAAUAAUGAUUUAAUCAGACAAAGCAAUGAAUCUAAUCAUGAAUGCAAACAGUUACGUUCCGAGUUACGUGAAAUAAAGUCACGAGAAACUCAUUUACUUUCUGACUAUUCAGAGUUAGAAGAAGAAAAUAUUACUUUACAAAAACAGAUUGCUCAUUUAAAAUCCUCACAAGUUGAAUUUGAGGGAGCUAAACAUGAAAUUCGCAGACUUCAAGAAAAUGUGGAACUUUUAUAUUUACAAGUAGAUGAGUUAGCAAAAUUAAAAAAAAUUGCAGAAAAACAAAUGGAGGAAGCGCUGCAAUCAUUACAAGGUGAACGUGAAGCUAAAUAUGCAUUAAAAAAAGAAUUAGAUCAGCGAAUUAACAAUGAAUCAGUUUAUAAUCUCAGUAAUUUAGCAUUUAGUAUACGAGGAAUGAGUAAUGAUCAAAACAUUAGCAGUGAUGAUGAAGAAGAUUUACCAACUUUGAAAAAAUUAGAAAACGACAUUAGCUCAACUAUGAAUCUUCCAGAGAGUGGUAAACAUGAUUUAUUUAGUGAAAUUCAUCUUAAUGAAUUAAAGAAAUUAGAGAAACAAUUAGAACAAGUUGAAAGUGAAAAAAGUUUACUGACUCAAAAUCUUAAAGAGUCUCAAUUAGCUUCUGACAAGUGUAAAAAUGAUUUAGAAAAUUUAGCAAUACGUAUCUAUAAAUUAGGAUCUCAUAUAAGAACUUUAGAGCACCUUGGCACUCAAACAAACAAUAAAUUAGUUAAAAACAAAUCUGAUAAUGGUAAACCGAAUUCAAGUAUUGAAGACUAUCAACAAUGGUUUAGUUCAGCAUCAAAAGAAGUUGAUCAACUUCAUUUGGAAUUAGAAGACCUUGAAAGUCAACUAAAAUCUUCAGAUGAGACAUUAUCGCUUAAAGAUGAAUUGAUUAUCUUAAAAAAUAAGUUGAUUGAUAGAGAGCAAAAAACCAUGGAGCUGGAAUCAAAUGUUCGUCUUUUAGGAGAAUUAGCCACUGAUGCUAGUGCAUCUCUUGAUAAUGCUCAAAAUGACCUUGUAGUUAUAACAGAUGAAUUAUCUCAGCUUGUCCAUCAAGUAUCUAUUUUUAAUGGGAAGUCAGUCCCAUUAACUUCCAUUACUGUUAAAUCAACUAAAGAAGUAGAAGAAAAUGAUCCUCGUUUAGAUAUUCUCAGGGCACGUUUAAAGUCUGAUGUUUUUAUUAAAGAAUUAGAAAGUUUAACUGAAGCUACAUUUGUAGCAAAAAGCUUGAGAACUGUUUUAGAUCAAAUAAAAUUACUUAAAGAAUCUUUUAAUAAUACGAUAGAAAAUGCUAAAUCUGGUAAUCAUGAAAAUAAUGAAAAUCGUAGAAAUAUUGUAAUGGAUAGCAAUGAUGAGCUGUUUGAUCUGCGUGAACAAGUAAUGAAACUUCAGUCACUCCUAGCUACUAAGAGAGAACAAAUAUCAUCUCUAAGAAUGGUAUUAAAAACUAAUAAGAACACUGCUGAAGUUGCUUUGAACAAUUUGAAAUCUAAGUAUGAUAAUGAAAAAAUGGUAGUAACUGAUACAAUGACUAAAUUACGUAAUGAGCUACGUGUACUUAAAGAAGACGCUGCUACAUUUUCUAGUUUACGAGCUAUGUUUGCAGCUCGUUGUGAAGAACAAGCAACUCACAUGGAUGAUUUGCAACGUCAAUUGGCUGCUGCAGAAGAAGAAAAGAAAACUCUCAAUCAAUUAUUAAGAUUAGCAGUUCAACAAAAAUUAAUGGUAACUCAACGAUUAGAAGAAAUUGAAAUGGAUAGAGAAUUAAAAAAUGUACGUAGAUCAAUGGGUACUCCUAAUAACUCUACUCCGUCAAAAUCUUCUAAAAGAUAUAACCAGUCGCAGCGACGAGACUGGUAAAUAAUAUUCAUUUUUUUUUUUAUAUAUAAAAAUGUAUCAUACCACUUCUUCCUUGAAGUGUUAUUUAGCUAUCACAACAACCGUCCUAAAUAAAAUAAUUAAAUGAGUAAAUUGAUAUUUCUUGACAUUACCCAUUGAGUCCUUAGAGCCAUGUUUUUCGGUUUCCGUCCUAUUACGAAAAUCCCGGUUCUUAAUUGUGUAUUAUACUGCCGUCCUAUGGAUUAUUGUAAUAUUCAUUUAUCGUUUAAUAUUUUUCUUGAUAUUAAAAUAUUGUUUAUAUCAUCGUUUUUUUAUUAUGAUAUUUUAUCAGUAUUAAUAGCAAUUUAUUAGUAAAAUUUUUCUUUUGCAUUUUCGUAACAUAUUUCAAAUGACCAAACAUUGUGAUUACAGAUAUUUUUUAUUAUACUACUUUUUUAUCAUUUUUUAAAAUUAUUAAUUUUUGAUGUUAUUAUUGAUUUGAUUUUAUUCCUUGAAAGCUCAAUAUAAAUUAACUUGGUGCCAUAACUAUUAACUGUCCAAUAAUGGUAGAUAUUUUAUAUUUAUUAUUUUCUAUAUACCGGCGGCAAUACUCAUUACUGAGAGAUAACCUUCUAUGUGCAAUUAUUUAAACUUGUUAUAUGUUAUUUUGUUAAUAACCAGCUGAUAAGUAAUGUUAUAAAAUUAUUUAUUUUUCGAUUUUAAAUCUUUUUUAUUAAUCAUAAAAAAUUUAGAUUUGUUUUUUAACCAGUUUUUAUAUUGUUACUUUAAUUUUAACGAAAUAUGGCUUAAAAAAAUUGUUUUUACACUUGUUUAAUUUAAUUAUUUUAUAAUAUGUUAUUAAACCACUUCUAGAUAAGUCAAAAAUUAAAUUAUUUUUUCUCAGCAUCUAAUAUCUAACAAAACUUGAUUUUAUAAGAAAAUUUAAAAUCUCAAAAAUUAAAAUUUAAUGUCAGUGUUGGUGCACAGUACUAUAAACAUAACAAAUAUUAAGACCUUUUAUUUAUAAAGAAUUAAAAUAGCAGUUGCUAAUGCAACAAAACAUAAUUAGAAUAUUUAACAUCAUAAUAUAUUUUUCGAGUAAACUACAGUCAUUAUAUUUUGCUUUUUAUUCUCAAAACAUAUUUUCUUAAUUCAUAUUUUAUUUAUAAUUUGUUGUGUACUUUCAAAAUAAUAUUUUGUUACUAUACAGAGUUGUCAAAUAUUAAGUUAAAAUUAAAUAUUCUGAAGAUAAUAUAAUCUAACAUAUAAAAAUUAUGUAACUAUACUGUAUUAUUAAUAUUUACUGAAAUAAAUAAUAAUAUGAUUUAUUGAUUUUCAACAUUUUAAAAUAAUUUAUUAAUUUUCUUAUAAAAUCAUUUUUAUCCUGUAUUGCUUUAAUAAAAUUUUCCAAGAAAUUAUUUUUAACAAUUUUGAAAAUUAUUGAUUAUCAGUGUAAUAUGUAUAAUUGUAAUUAGGGCUGAGCAAAAAAUCCGAAUUGAAAAAAUACUGUCCAUCCGUAAUCGUAACAUUAUAUAAUUAAAUAUUACGGAUUGACCUAAAAGGUGCUCAACUCUAGUUAAAACAUUCUUAUUGUGUUAUAUAUUUUUUGUAAAUUAAUUUAGGUAUAUGCUACCGAGACUAUAUUUGUGAAACAAUGUAGUUAUUUGUAAGAAAUGAGUACUUAAUUAUUUUUACUAAUCUUAUUUAUAAUUGAUUAUUUAAAUUUUGUAUUCGGUAAUAGAAUUUUAAUUAAUACUUAAAGUAGUAUAUAAAACGAUUAAUUAAGUUGUAAUUUUGUUUUUAUUUUAUUAAUGUCUAAAUUCCAUUGUUUGAGUUUAAGUACAUUGUAGUUUUGAAGUGCAUAAAAUUUAUAAUUUUAAAUUUUAUAUGUAUGCUUAAACUUGACAGCUAUUAUAAUGAACUAUUGAUUAUCAAAUUAUAAUUAUCAAUCAUGUCA